UUACGGCGGUGGUUUGUUUUGAACUCGCCAGGCUCAAAGGUGAGCGUCAAGUAAUUUUUAAUGUUACUGCUUUGAGCAUUUUAAGCCCCAGAGUGUGUGAGAAGUGUCGCUGUUUUGAUGUGAUACAUGUUAGCUUCGACAGAUUCUCUGACAAAAACAGUAAGUGAUGGAGUUUCCUGAAGAUUUCAACCAGCUUGAGCUUCUGAAUUCACAUGGACACCUGAUCCCCCGAGGGGCCAGCAGCCUUUGGACUGGAAGCAAAGACGAGGAGGAAGAGGGCGAAGAGGAGGAGGGGGACCACAGUGAAGAGUGGUAUCAAGAAAAAGAAGAAAGUCUCAAAGAUGAGCCAAAGUGGCUCAUUCUGUGGGCAGCGGAAAACAAUCGCGUUUUAACAGUCCAGAGGUUGAUAACAGCUGAUCCAUCGCUGGUGAACUGCUGCGAUGAGGACGGAUACACUCCUCUGCACCGCGCAGCAUACAACGGCCACGUCAAUGUGGUUUCUGCUCUGAUCGCCGCCGGGUCUAAGGUCAACCCUCGCACCAUCGACGGCUGGACGCCCCUUCACAGCGCCUGCCGCUGGAGCCGCAUCGCGGUGGCGAGUUUACUGCUCCGACUAGGAGCUGAACUGAACGCCCAGACCAACGGUGGGCUCACGCCACUGCACCUGGCCGCCUCUAACACCACCCCCUUCAGAACAGACUGUCCUCACACGAUAGAGCUCCUCCUCUCUCAGCGACACCUGAAGCCGGGGCUCCGCAGCAGCAGUGGGGAGACAGCCAGUGAGGUGGCCCGACGCACUGGCCCACAUCACGCCCUGUUUGAGAUGGUGGAAGAUUGUGUCAAUGUGGUUCCCAUCUCAUGACUGAAAAACACGCAUGCAGAUGUUUUUUUCCCUCUUCUUGUCCGUGUAAGUAAAAUGGACAGUAGGUAAAUGAAAAUUUGAGACAUGAUCUUGCAUCCUAUUAGCUCUUUACUUGAACUCGUAUUUAUACAGAACGUGUCCCCUAGUCAGCCUCUUAAGCCACUUUGAUGGGGCGCCUGGUGGCUCAGCGGAAAGAGCAGUGCCUCAUGUACAGAGGCUUUGUCCUCGCUGCAGCAGCCGCGGGUUCGAAUCCGGCCUCGGCCCUUUGCUGCAUGUCUCCCCCUCUCUCUCUCUCCCUUUCACGCUCACACUGUUCUGCCAAUUAAAGGUAAUAAAAGCCCAAAGUGAUAAUCUUUAAAGCCAUUUUGAUGUUAAUAUGAAAGGAAAUUCAAGUUGUCUGUUGAGCAUCAUGAUGAACAAACGCUGUGUCUUUUGAAUAAUAAGCUUUUUGCAUCAUUGAGACGGGAAAUGAGAUCCACACUUUUGCAAGGUUUUCUUUGAAGUUAUUCUGAGCUGCAUUAUUUCCCUCUGUGUUAUCAUUUGCUGUAUUUGGCACCUAAUUUCUAACCUCUUCACAGACAACUAAAAACAACCUUUGGAUGUCCCUUGUCUAGGCGCUUGAACCAGAAGUUACGCAGCAUACGUAGCAGCUACACAGCUUAAGCAACCCUCUUAAGCACUGAGGGGUUCAGAGAUCUGAGCAGAGGUGAGUUACUUCUGUCAAUACCUGCAGGCUCUGUUGGGGGCUGCAAUAACAUUCAAAAGAAUGGCGCACAGUUUUAAUACUACAUUUUUAAACCACAAAGUUUAGUGCUUGAGGUUUACUGUGUGUGUGUGUGUGUGUGUGUGUGUGUGUGUGUGUGUGUGUGUGUGUGUGUGUGUGUGUGAGAGAGAGAGAGAGAGAGGAGAGAGAGAGAGAGAGCGAGCAAACUGAACAUAGAGAGAAAUGCAUAUCCCAAAUUUUCAUAACCCAGAGUGACCCCUUCACAAUGAUUGUUUUGACCACCUAGUUGUACCAGCUAAACUAUUAAACAUAAAUCAAACGCCUUCACAUAAUUAAAUCUGUAGAAGUUGGGAUCGUGAAAUGUGUUUGCUUGAAGAAUAACUGGUUUAGCAGAAUAUUGGCCAAUAAUUUUUUGCCAAACUGCUACUUUAUUAAUUAGCCAAUUGUUGAAGCUUCACUUGUAUACCUAUACUGUUGGAUGUUGAAUUUCUAAUAAAACAAGGAAUGCA